UCUUUUUUCGAAUUGCAGCAGAAGAAACUACUCCGACUGCAACGAGUAUACCAACGGAAAUAUCAGCAGAAGAAACUACUCCGACUGCAACGAGUAUACCAACGGAAAUAUCAGCAGAAGAAACUACUCCGACUGCAUCGAGUAUACCAACGGAAAUAUCAGCCGAAGAAACUACUCCGACUGCAACGAGUAUACCAACGGAAAUAUCAGAGGUUCUAGGAUGUAGAGAUAAAGGGGGAAAUGAAGACUGCUCCGAAAAAAAAAGAAAUUGCACAAAUAAGCAGGAUAAGGAAUCGGAGUAUGUUUGUGGUUCUUGUAUUGAUGGAUAUAGAGAAGACCCUGAGACGAAACUAUGUAAAGAGGUUCUGGGAUGUAGAGAUGAAGGGGGAAAAGAAGACUGCACCGAUAAAAAAAGAAGUUGCACAAAUAAGCUGGAGAAAAAAUCGGAGUAUGUUUGCGGUUCUUGUAUUGAUGGAUAUAGAGAAGAUACAGAGACUAAACUAUGCAUUGAGGUUCUAGGAUGUAGAGAUGAAGGGGGAAAUGAAGACUGCUCCGAUAAAAAAAGAAGUUGCACAAAUAAGCUGGAGAAAAAAUCGGAGUACGUUUGCGGUUCUUGUAUUGAUGGUUAUAGAGAAGAUUCAGAGACGAAACUAUGCAUAGUUGUAGAGAUUCUGGGAUGUAGAGAUGAAGGGGGAAAUGAAGACUGUUCCAAUAGAAAAAGAAGUUGCACAAAUAAGCCGGAGAAUAAAUCGGAGUAUGUUUGUGGUUCUUGUAUUGAUGGAUAUAGAGAAGACACUGAGACGAAACUAUGUAAAGAGAUUCUAGGAUGUAGAGAUGAAGGGGGAAAUGAAGACUGCACCAAUAAAAAAAGAAGCUGCACAAAUAAGCCGGAGAAUAAAUCGGAGUAUGUUUGCGGUUCUUGUAUUGAUGGAUAUAGAGAAGAUACAAAGACGAAACUAUGUAAAGAGAUUCUGGGAUGUAGAGAUGAAGGUGGAAAUGAAGACUGCACCGAUAAAAAAAGAAGUUGCACAAAUAAGCCGGAGAAGAAAGCGGAGUAUGUUUGCGGUUCUUGCAUUGAAGGAUUUAGAGAAGAUACAGAGACGAAACUAUGCAUAGAGAUUCUAGGAUGUAGAGAUGAAGGGGGAAAUGAAGAAUGCUCCGAUAGAAAAAGAAGUUGCACAAAUAAGCCAGAGAAAAAAUCGGAGUAUGUUUGCGGUGCUUGUAUUGAGGGAUAUAGAGAAGAUACAGAGUCGAAACUGUGCAAAGCAACAGAAACGUCGUCUACAACCCCUAUUGAUAUGUGUUUAUCAAACCCAUGCAAAAAUGGAGGAAAUUGUACAAUGAAAGAUGGAAACUAUGAAUGCAAAUGCAUUGCUGAUAUAUAUGGAGAUAACUGUGAAAACUGCACUGCAAAAUGCAGUGAUGCAAAAUGUGCAUUUAAAGACUUUUUUUAUUGUAAAUGUGAUGGAAGAAAAUGGUUUAAUACAACAAAUAAAGAAUGUGAAAACAUAGACAAAUGCGUGCAAGAUCUAAUGGAAGGCAGAUGUCGUGGAAAAUAUGAGAUUUGCAAAGGAGGUGAAUGUGGUUGUGAAAAUGAUUAUUUGUACAAUAUCAGCACAGGAUGUCGAGAAAAAUGCACGUGUGACACUGUUACCCAAGAUUGUGUUCAUUCAGACAAUGGCAAAGCUACUUGUAUAUGUAAAGAUAAGCACUAUUUUACGGGAACUAAGUGUGUUAAAGAGGACACUUGUGCGACAAGAACUCCAAAAUGUGAACAGAAAUGUAAUGAAGGAACAUGCUCAUGUGAUGCUCAGCAUUAUGAUGUGAAAGAUGAACAUCGAUGUGUUCUGAAAGAUAAUACCAAUCCGUGCAAAAACAGUGCUAAAUGUUCGCCCGGGCAAUGUCUAAAAGAAGGAGAUGUUGAGAGAUGUAUUUGUCCAGAAAAAACACAUUACUCUUUUAAGGAAAAUUGCACUGACUUGUGUUCUGCAAAUAAAUUGCCUCCUGGUACUUGCCCAAAUGAUGAAUGCAGCCCGCACGAAACGUAUGGAUUUAUUUGCAAUUGUACAGGAAGGUUUAAACAAUCUACUGAUGGAAUCCACUGUGAACUUAAGCAAAUGUGCUCGGAAGGAGGUAAAAGCAAAGAGUGCGCCAAGAUCAAUGCUCAAUGCGUUGAAGCACCAGAUUUCAAUGAAGGUUAUGCGUGUAACUGCGAAGAUGGGUAUGAUAAAGAUGAAAACGGAUUCUGCGUUCACAAAUGUCAAAUUAAAAAGAAUGAAGAGAAUUGCUUGAAAAUGAAUGCCAAGUGUAUAUUAGAUGAUAAGUAUAAUAACAUUUGCAAAUGUCCCCCAUUGUUUGAAGAAGAUACAAAUAAGAAAAAAUGUGUUAAAGCGAAACAUUCCUACACUGGUAAUUUCACCGUCCCUAGAAAAACAUAUGAAAAUCCUAUAAGACGAUACAUAAGAAGACCAAAAAGAUCUAUUAACCAGGUGGACUAUGUUGCAUUGUACAAAGAUUUCAAAAAAUCGCUGAAAAUUGCUUUUGGUAAAGAUUCUGACUUUUUCAUAUUGGGUUGCGAAACUCAUCGAGAAGAUUUCAAAUGUGAGAUUGAAAUGAAAUUUAAAACAAAACCAGAUGAAAAAUUAUUAGAUUCAAUUGCUGAUCCUUCUCUCUGUAUUCCAUUGGGAAACACAGACUAUUGCACAAUAGAAUCAAAUCUAAUCAUGAAAAGGCCAUCUAAAGGAGUGUUAAAAUUAACAGAUCCUUGUGAAGAAAGUGUAAAAAAUCAAAUAUGUGGGCCAACAACAAAUUGCAGAAAAAAAGGAACGAACAAUGAAUUGUUUGAUUGUAUUUGCAAAGACGGCUAUUCUGCUAUUAGUGUUUAUCCAAUAUUUGAAGGAGAAGAGAGCUUACGCGAUCAUUGUGAAGACAUUAAUGAAUGCUUGAAAGCAACGUCUUGCCCAAAGAAUUCACAUUGUUUCAACACACCAGGAAGUUAUAGUUGCUUUUGUAACAAUGGUUUCAGGGAUAAGUCAGAUAAUGUAAAGAAAGAUGGCUGCAUUGGUGUGUGUGAACAUAAACUGUGUGGAGAGCAUGGCAGAUGUCAAGCAGUUGGAAACAAUGGAUAUUUUUGCAGCUGCACAGAUCAUUAUCUUGGCCAAUUCUGUAAUGUUACAAAUCCUGCACUGAAAGAAUUGAAGAAGAGUGGCAUAACUACAACUGCAAUUGUUGGAGGUGUGCUCGGUGCUGUUUUGAUAAUUGUCCUUAUUGCUGGAUUUGUGUAUUUUAGAAGGAAUAAGAAGUUUGUCAAUAAUGAUGAAGAAUACUCAAAACAUAGAGAACGUGCCAUUUAUGCUGAAAGGGCUCGACAAGGUAUUAGACAACAGCGUGACGGCUCUGGUAACCGCAGCAACCAACAUUCCUUAGAGCGAAGAGGAAGUGGCGACUACAGACAGUACCGCAAUGGUGAAUCUCACAUGAUACCACGUGUUCAAACUGGGGCAAGCAGACCUCUUCCAGAUAUGAGCGAUGAUAAUAGAAUGCAUACUAACAAUGAUAGGCGACCUCAAAGAGAACAUUUUUCCGACGAUGAUAGGCGCAGUCAUCGUCCGAAAGGGGCUGAAGCUGCUACACAUCGUUCUCUCAAUCGGUCCUCUGAUCAUUUAGAUGAUGAUGGUAGAAGGGUUAGUGUAGUGCAGUACAAGAACAGAGGAUAUGAAGAGGAUUGAACUAUUAUUUUGAAUUUUUUAACAUAAGGACUAUAAGAAAAUCAGCCUUAUUGUUACAAUGACAUUUUAAAAAAAACGUUUUUCUUUCUACUGAUCGUUUACAUAUAUUGUAUGAAAUUUUAAACGAUGUAGUUGGCUUUAUUGGUUUUGUUAAAAAGUUAUCAUUGUUAAAUUAAAAAUAUGCAUGCUUUUGUAAAUACUUUACUGCUAUGUUGUAGCGAUUAAAUUUUAAACAAUGAUUA